GCAGCAGCAGCCGCCGCCGCCGCCGCCGCAGGGACCAUGUCCGAGGACUCGGAUUCACUUUCAGAGGAAGAACGCAGCUUGUUCCGUCCGUUCACGCGGGAGUCGCUGGCGGCCAUCGAGCAGCGCAUCGCCGAGGAAUAUGCCAAGCAGAAGGAGCUGGAGAAGAAGCGAGCGGAGGGCGAGGUCCGCUAUGACGACGAGGACGAGGACGAGGGCCCGCAGCCGGACCCCACGCUGGAGCAGGGCGCGCCGAUCCCGGUGCGGCUGCAGGGCAGCUUCCCGCCGGAGCUGUCCUCCACGCCGCUCGAGGACAUCGACAGCUUCUACCACAACCAGCGG